AUGAUUAUUGAGGCAUUUUAUGUGAACAGAUAUUCCAGAGAACACCUCAAUAGAGCAUGCAGGCAACGGUUGCCCGGCCAGCUGAAUAGGGUUGAAGGUUUUGGUGUAUUAAAAGAUGCAAUUAGUGUCCUUUUUGCAAUAUUAAUGUGUAAAAACAAGGUUAUCAGUCUGGUAGUCUUGCAGAAAGCAUCACUUCAUCCUGAUGACAUGUUGCUUCUUUCCAACUUUGUCAUGUCAUCAGAAUCCUUUAGGACAUCUGAAUCUUUUUCACCAAUAUGUUUGCCAAGAUACAACUCCAUGGCAUUUUAUAUGCUUAUUUCACAAGCCUUUUUCCAUAUUAAAGAAUGCAGAAUACAAGUUGAAGCUGUUCUUGCAAAAUCAAAUGUUUUGAAUGAAAUUGAAAGAUCAUUAUCAGAAGGUGGCAUGAGAAUUGAGGAUUUACCCGUUGACCCGUCUGCUAAUUCUGGAUCUUUAUUUCAUUUAACUCAUCACAAAACACCAAGCAAUGGAACAGUGACAGGUGUCGGUGGUCCAUCUCGACUUUGGCAUUUUAUUUACCGGAGUAUCUAUUUGGAUCAGUUGUAUAGGGCUUACCAGAGACUUUAUGCUUCCAUGCAUGAUAAAGGAGUAGGCCCAUAUAAAACUCAGUUCAGAAGAGAUGAAAAUUAUGUUUUAUUGUGUUGGGUUACACAUGAUUUUGAGCUUUAUGCAGCUUUUGAUCCACUUGCAGACAAGAUACGAGGAUGGUGGGUUGUCUUGCAGCAAGAACAAAAAUGCAAUGCGAGGACAAUAAUCAUUUUCAUCAAGUACUUCCUUUCCUAAAUUUCUAUAUAAGAACUAUCCAAAAAUCUCCUGUAUGUUAAAUAUAUCUUGAUCAAUAUAAUGGU